CCCCCACAGCCAUAGCCACAGCCACAGCCACAGCCGCCAAGUGUCAUCGUGGCUGAGAGCCAGAACAGAACCAUAACAAAGCCAUAACAAUCGCAGCAAAUUAACAUCUCAAACAGUGAGAAGAGGCAAAAAUUCGAACGGUAAAUUGCCGGUAAAGUGUGGAAAUAAACAAACGCAAAUUGCACAUUUUUUGUUGAGGUGUUUUUCUGUGUGGAAAGUGUGAAACUCAAACAAAUUCCAUAAUUGAUGAAUAAAUAAAUUAACAUUUGAGGAAUAAGGCUCGCCAAACUGGGAGGAGGCUGUUUUUUGAAUGGGAGGCUUCAUCCUCCACCACAAAUCAAGAGAGAGAACCCAACCUCACGUCAUGAUCAUCGCCGUGCUGUCAACGUAAUGGAAACGGAAACAGAAAUCUGCUGGAACCAUUGCUGUUGCUGAGCGGAAAACCACAGGCCCCAUACCACGGAAAAUUGACAGAAGAAAAAAACAAGAAAGAGAGAGAGAGAAGCAUAAUAAAAACCGAAAUGAAGUCUGUCAUUCUAUAUCCAUAUGGACCGCUAACUGGCGGCACACGCUGCUGUCGCAUGUUGCAUGCCAAAAAUUUGGCCAUAACAAGUGCAAUUUACACAAUUAAUAUAUCACUCCUGAUUGUGCUAAUCUACUCGUGGCGCAUCAACGUCAAUAUGCACAAGUCGUCCGACCUGCAGGAUGUCUACUACGGUGUACAAAUAGCAUAUUUUGCCAUAAUUGGCACACAAAUAUCCAUGAUAUUGCUAAGCAUUGUAUUGAUCUUUGGCAUUUGUCGGGAGAACCCCGGAUUAAUUGUACCCUGGAUAAUUGGCUAUAUAACGUUUAUGGCCUUGGAAGCUGUGGCCAUGGUCUACUCAAAUGUUCUACGCGAUCAUGUUAAUAAGCAAUUCGAUGCCAUGUGCAAGGCGGAGGUGGCCUUCUUCAUAGCACGAGCUCUAAUCAAUGUGCUGGCCAUGUGGGGUGUACUACGUUUCUAUAAUUUGGUGCGCUCUGGAAUUACCUGGCGAGGACCGGAGGCCAAGACCGCCAUAUUCGCACCCAUGUACAAGAGCGUGAGCACACGCAGCGGCAAGUCCCACCACAGUAAACGUCACUCCAAGAGGCGACACAGCAUGGAGGCGGGCGCCGGAUGCUGUGCCAUCUUUGACUUUGACUUCGACUACGAUGACGACGACGACGAUGAAGAUGAUGAUGAUGAGGCAGCCUAUGGCGAUGGCAUGGAGACGGAGGAUGAUGUGGGCUAUGACUAUGACGACUACUAUGACUACUACGAGGACGAGGAGGAGCAGCAGCAGCAGCAGUUGGCGCUAGAGCCGCAGGACGAUGCCGACUGCAGCAUGCUAGGUGGCCCAAGGAAGACGCGGUCGCGUUCGCGACCCCGAUCCCGUCCCCGUUCGGCUGUGGUCAAGGUGAAGGGCCAGCGCAGCGGAGGUCGUCGCACCAACAACAACAUACGCAGCGUGCUGAUCAACAAGCGGCACAACAAGUACAAAAUCGCCCGACCCCAAACCCAGCUGGAGGUCAUCAACGAGUCCGAGCGGAGUGCGGGCAGUGGCAGCGAUGAGAACGACUCUCUGCUUGUGGCCUAUGACAGCAGCUCGUCGCUGGCGUCGGUUUGACA